AUGGUGCUUGCGAUGCUCACCCUGGGAGCUACUUCUCUGGAGACGGCGCCCCUGUUAAAACGCGUGUUCAGCUCACCCUUCCCUGUCUGUACCUGUGGAUACAAAGGUAUCCUCUCUUGCCCUCGCAUCAGCUUGACAACUGUGCUGGUAACCACAUGGGAAAUAAUCCUCAGAGACAAGCCUUCCUGCACCAGAGCCUACAGGAAAGAUACAAAUGAGACCAGGGCCAUAAACUGUAGUGAUGAGACAAUAUCCUGGGACUCCAGACCUGAUCAGAAUCCCGCCCUUCAGAUCAAUCCAGUGGCCAUCACUCAUGAUGGAUAUUACAAGUGUGAAGUGGUCACAACUCAUGGGCAUUUCUGUCAUGGAUAUCACCUGAAAGUGUUAGUGCCCCCCGAGGUGACCCUGUUUCAACUUGAGAAUGGAGCUAUCGUGUGUAGGGCAGCUGCAGGGAAGCCAGCGGCACAGAUCUCCUGGACCCCAGGGGGAGAUUGUCACACUGUGGAAGAGCCACUGGGCAAUGACACAGUGACCGUCCAGAGUUCGUGCUGCUGGGAGGACCACCGGGUAUCUAAGGUGCCCUGCUCUGUGUAUCAUCUGACUGGCAACAGGAAUCUGUCCAUAGAGCAGAAUUCUGUUAGUAAUUUCAGUUUUUGUAUGAGGUUUUCAUUAUAUCAGAGAAGCUAUGGAAGAAUGAAAAAGGAGUGUAUGGAGAAUUUCACUCAAGGAUAAUCUCCCCAGCCUCUCUUUUAUGUCCUUCUCCACCAUUAUGAAUUAUGUCCAGAAGAAUAAUGCAGAAUUUGGUUUAAGAAGCCAUAUUUUAAAUGAUGUUUACUUUUUAA